CUUCCACAUUUACACUUACAUUUCCAACUAAACUACAUCGCUUUCCACAUUCAAAUACAUUAAUAUCCCAGUGAAGAUCCCACAAGAAGAUGCAGAACGGACCAAACGAUAAAUACCCCGAAAAGUUCGAUUUCGAUGAGGAGGUCAGUCGCAUGAAGCUCGAGGUCGAUCUGAUGUUCUUCGCCGAGAUGGAGGAAGCCCUUUUUGGGGAGAGUGAGCCCGAGGAUACCAACGAUGAGGAAACAAGUCCUUCGGAGGGCAGCAGUGAGGACAGCGAUAGACAUAUCUAAAUUCACUACCAUGGACGUCACUCGUUCAAAAUUUCGCCGGCUAUCAUUAUCAUCCAAUAAAGUUCUGUGGCAUAUUGUG